GUCAGUCGAAGAGCAGACUUCCUGCGCAGGGCUCAGGCAGCCUCCCGGGCCCCGGGCUGGGCCGACCGGAGGGCUCGGAGGCGCAGGCCGGGCUGGGGCGGGAAGAUGGCCGGUGCCAGGGAGCUCAGCUCCAGGAUGUCCAGAGAAAAUCAGAACAUAGAUGACAAGCUUAUCUACGAGACAGUAUUCAAUCACUUCAAAAGACAUAAAGUGGAGAUAUCAAGGGCAAUAAAAAAGGCAUUUCCUUUCCUUGAGGUACUUCGUGACCGUGAACUUAUCACCAAUAAAAUGUAUCAAGACUGUCAAGAUUCUUGUAGAAACCUGGUCCCUGUACCAAAAGUGGUGUACCAUGUUCUCGAUGAACUGCAGAGCACAUUUGACGUAACACUUCUGGAAGCACUGUUCAGCGAGGUCAACAUGCAGGAAUAUCCUGAUUUAAGUUACAUUUAUAAAAGCUUCGAAAAAGUGAUUCAAGAGAAACUUAAUUGUGAAGAAAGAGACCAAGAAGAGAGGCAGGAGAGGCCUAAUAUCCAACUGAGACUUGAGCAAGGAUCUGGUGAAAGCUCAUAUCAAAGUCUGAUUUGGUCAUGCAGAGAGUCCUCAUCUUAUGAUGGUACAACUCCAUCUGAAAAUAGAUUCUUGGAGCACCUCCGUGGAACAGCACAGAUAAAUGCAAAGAGGAAAGAUACAACCAGCGACCAAAAUGAUGCACUAGAAAGCCAGCAAGCAAAUGAACAAUGUGCCCAGGAGUCUGAACCAGCAGAGUCUUAUGAACAAGUACCUGUCCAAUCAAAUAAUGGAGAUGCAGGAAAGGAGACGCCCAGCUCAUUGGCCUGUGAUGAAGAAAGAGCAAAUCUACCCAAUCAUGGAAUCCAAAUCAAUUCCUGUUCUGUCUGUCUGGUGGAUAUAAAGAAGGAAAAACCAUUUUUUAACUCAGAAGUUAAAUGGAAAGCCCAAGCAAGCACCAAAUGUAACCAGACAUCUGACAUAAUAGUGAUCAGCAGUGAGGACUCUGCAGAAUCCAGUGAUGGAGAUGAGACCCCAGAAGCCUCCACAUCAGCACAGAGGAUUCCUGUGAUUGACUCUUCAGCAGACGAGGCGACCUUCGGAUCCUAUAGCUCAGCACUGAGAUGUGGUCCUGAUGAUGAGGAUUCUUCGGAUUUUGAAAAUACAUUUAUUUAUGGAAUAAGCAAUAGGAAAAGACGUUUCAGCGGUGUUGACACUUCAGAAUUGAGUAACAAAGAGCCUCGGGAAGCGUCUAGCUCAGUCCUAAGAAAUGGGUCAGAUACCAUGGAUACGAGAAGCAAUUCUACUUUGGAAAAAGACAGUGGGACAAGAAGUUUUAUAAUGGAAUAUUUUGUCCUAGAGAAGUUAUAAAUUUUUAGGUAGUCAAAUUUGUCAGCUUUUUUUCUCUCUAGUUCUUUGUGAUAUUUAUGAUAGCCAUUUCUAGCUGAAGAUUUUAAAAAUAUUGUUCUAUAUUUGACUCUAAAAUGUUUGAAGUACCUGAACAUUUUAAACAUUUACCUCCAUAACCCUGUGAGUUUUGUCUCUUCGUGUAUAUGUGAGAUUGGAAUUUUAAAAAUAUUCCCUACACUAUUAUAUCAUGAUUUCAAUCGCCACCUUGAUCACACAGUGCCGUUACUUGUCUAUAUAUCAGUUUUCCUUUUAUAAUCGGAGGGGCUGCGAAAGGGAAAAGUGAGCUCAGAAGUAGCACCAGCCUGAUGACUCACUGGGACUGAACUUUAGAAUCAACUCAAGAAGAUUCCUCCAUCUCCUCCCCAAGUUCAUUCGCAUUCAAUUUGCAGAUUAAUUUGAGGAGAACAGACACUUCUACCCAUUUAUUCAUGUCUUAUUUAAUGUUCUUCCACUAAGAAUUUUCCUAUGCUUUAAAAAAAUUUUAUGUUUGUUUCUAUGAAUAUCUUUUUUCCCGUUACAGAAUAGCUAGAAUUAAUUUAAAUGAGACAAAAUUCUCAAAAUCUUUUUUUUUUUCAAAAUCUUUAUUUAAAUAGGAAAUCUAUGGUCAUUGUGUUACCUAUUUGCACAUGAGGAUCUUUUUCUGAUUCAAUACAAAGUCAUACAAGCAUUUAUAUAAAGAUCCAUAUGUCACUUAAAAUAUUAUGGCCAGGACCCCAAAUUAUCAAGACAAUCAAUUGGAGUUAAGUUUCUUAGGAAAUUGGCUUCAUGAGAAAGAGCAAUGAUUUCUAACUUGGGGCAGUAUUACAAGACCCCUUCAAAUAACUCUUCCAAGGACAAAUUUAUGUUACAGAGAACAGAACAACUUUAUAUCACAGAGAACAGAACAUGUCUCCAUAAGACUGAUCUUUUUAUGAAAUUUCUCAAUUUAAUACUAUCAAAUUGGAUUCUUUAUGUUAGUUUUACGAUACAGAAUGCUCUCUCUCUUCCUCCAGCUAUGGCUCAAGGGGACUUUUCCUCCCUCUCUUUCAAUAAUUUCUUGUUAGUUAUGAAGAUUUACAUUUUAAAAAUCUGGCCUCUGGAAUUUGAUUAGUUAGCCUUAUAAGAAACGGAGGCUCAUAGGGUUCAAUUUUGCUGGCAGAAACAGAAAAGGGCCUGAAAAAGAUUCUACCUAAAAACAGUAAAAUAAGAUGUAUACGGACUUUCUACUAUAGCCUCCCAUCUUAUUGCUUAAAUCUGAAUCAGCUUCAGAUCUUUUAUCUUUUUAUUUUCCAGCUUCCUUUCUUGCCUUCACCUAAAUACAUAGUGUGAAUGAUUUAUUCAGUAUUUAGGUGAGGGUGCUUAUGAUGUCUCUUUUUUAAAAAAACUGUCUUAUACAAUAGUUCAUCCUAUAGAACAUGGCAGGACAAUUCACAGUGACCCCUGCUUUCACAGAAUAAGGCCGUGAACCCAGAGCUUCCCUUUUUCUUAAGCUCUAAGUUUCACCCAGAGGCAAAGAGUCAAGGGUCUCAUUUGCAACACAGCUCAGGAUAUGGUCACAACACUGGUUCCCAGUGACACAUGUGUUUGUAGACACAGCCCCCCAAUCUAGCAACUUUCAGUUCUAAAUAGCAAGGUGGGAACCUCCAUAUUUUUCCACCAUGUUGGAACAGAGAAAGACUGAUUACGCAAGGUUAGACCAGUGUCAUGCCCAAAUGCUUAUAGAGUUAUCUCCUCCUCCAGCUGUCCUUGCCCCAAGUUGAAGGUGCUAGCAUCACAGGAAUUCCAUCCUCCUGCUGCAUGGCAGGACGGAGAGACUCUACAUUAGAAACCGUUAAGCCUCUGCAUAUUUAUGCAUCCAAAAGGUGUUGGAAGAGUAAUUUAAAUGACUAAAUUAAUUCUAUCAGUUUGUGAAAAGUUUAAUCCAAAUAUGUGAUUGUAUAAAAUAUAUACUUAAAGCCAAAAAAAAAAAAAAGACAUUAAAAUAAAGGAAGGGAUAAAGAAAUGUCAGGAAACUACAAAUUAGAAGGUUGGUAAUUUUUGUUGUUAGUUCUUUGUCACAGAUGUUGAUGUAGUAAUCAAUGUUGUUGGCUAAUGAGGAUUCUUUGUAGAUCUCAUUGUGAGGAUGAGGCUGCCUCUAGACCACAUACUCCAGGAGAACUGUACAGAGUGACCACAGAUGAGUGGCCCUGCUGACCUCACGGGGGAGACAGGGGUAGACAGAAGGUGUGGAGAGCAGUGUGGAUGGGGAGGCAGGGGUUUUUUCCUGGAGCCUGGGCUGUAGACCUGAAGGGAUCUGUUCCUAACAAGCUAGUUUCUCCAGUCAAGAGGAUGGAGCUGGUGUGGCUUGUCAGAGGGUGGCCUGCGGUGAUCACCUGAUCAUGAUCUUUCUGGCUGGGAGGUUGAUGGCUGCCUCUUGCCUCCUAACACCUGGCAGGCCUUGGCAUCACCAUGAUCAGGUGAGUAAGCUGGGAAAACUUGGUCCCCCUUCAGGACAUAUGGAUGGAUGCACUCUCCUCUCUUAUCUUCUGGAGUAUCAUAAUCUCCUACUUGCUAAUAGCUCCGUCCUGGUCAUUUGUUGGUGAUGCUGGUGACAAUGUUGAUAGUGAUGGUACUGUUGUUGUUGGUGGUCCCUUCUAGGCUUACAGACAUCUACAUGUUGAAGUGCAUCAGGGAUUUCUUCCAGUCUGGUAGCUGUCCAUCCAUCAAUAUGUUAUUGACUGCCAAUUAUAUUUCUUCUCCUCUGAUCUCUCUCUUGAACUGCCAUGUCAUAAGUUCAACUUCUUACUCUCCAAACUUCUACUUGAUGCCUCAAAUUUGACAUAUGAUGAAACAGACUUAUUUAUUUCACUCCCAAACCUGUCAUCCACCAUCAGUCAUCUUAUCUCAGUAAAUGGCACUAUGCCUACUCAAUUGCUUGCCAAAAAUGUAGUAAACGUGUUUGAUUCCUCCCUUUUUUCUAACCCCCGAUUUCAUUCAUCAUUGUUUCAAAAUUAUAUAUCAAAUUUGUCUAUUCUUUAUCCUCCCCUGCCACUACCCCAGUUCAAGCCCCAUUAUCAUGCAUAUAGAACACUGCAGAAGCCUCUUAACCAGUCUUUCUUCUAUUCUUGUCCACCUAUAAUUCAUUCUUCAAUCUACCACCCAACUGCUUAUACCUUUUUCAAUGGUUUCCAGCUGAACCUAGAAAAAAGUCUAAGCUUCUUACCAUGCCUACAAAGCAUUACAUAAGCUGCUUCUGAUCACCUCUUACAUCUUAUCUCUUAGCAUUUUUUCCCUCACGCAGUACUCUGGCCUUCUUGAACAAACUGAGUUUCUGCCCCAGAACCUUUGCACUUGCUGUUGACACUAGAUAAAAUGCCUUUCCCCUCAGCUCAAGCAUCUCCUCCUCAGAAAAGCCUUCCAUCAUCUCUAUGUCCUUAAACAUCCUCUCCAACCUAUUUUACAUCAACCUGUGGCUUGUCUUUUCACCUGAUUUAUUAUGUUUCUUAUGUACCUACCAACUUAUCUUUGUGUCAUCUAAUUUGUCUAUACAAUCCUUUAUAAUUAUGCUUUUCAAUUCUUGUUUAAGAAAUCUUGAGUAAAUACUCUUUCUUCCAUUUCUAAGAUGAAUAGUUUGAGGAUUACUCUUUAUAGCUUUUCAAAGGAUUCUCAGCAGAAUGGAGGUUCAGAUGAGCACAGUGGCAACCAACACAAUUGGCUUUCUCUCCUCCUCUUUCCCUCUUCCCAGUUCUCCACUCGUGAUCCUUGAGAUGGUUUCAAAAAUAAACUUUCUGAAUAUAGACACUUAAUUUUUAGAGAAACUGGCUCAGACACCCUUAUUUCUUUUCUCUUCUAGCUCUUUAAUCUUUUGAAGUUCAUUUUUUUGGUGAUAUGAGGUAGGGGUCUAAAUUUUUUUCAACAUGGAUAACCAAUUUUCCUAGCUUCUCCAAUAAUGUGUAAUGUCACAUAUGGCAUGCAUUAUUUAUUGUUUUCUUUUUAGAUUAUUCAUUCUUUUAUUCCAAAUGUUAAUUGCCAAAGCUGCUUAGUAGGGAUAAAUAAAUGAACAAAAUCUCAUUGAGCUUACCUUCUAGUGGAGGGUAUAUAGAUAAUACACAAAUAAAUAUGCAACAUUUUAGAUGGUGACAAUACUGUAAAGAAAAAUAAAGAGUAAUGGAGGUACAGAGUGACAGAAACAGGCCAUUUUACUUAGGGUUUCCAGAGAGACCCUCACUGGCAAACCAACAUAUAAGUACAUAUCCAAAUACAUGAGGGACAAAGCCACAGAGCUGAGGCUGAGAAGACCUUAGUGCAAAGGCUGAGACAAAACAUGCAUGUCCUUUUGGAGAAUGGCAAGGUGGCCACUGGCUGGGGAAGUAGAGGGGAAAGAGUGGGAGUGGUUUGUCAGGGGCAUGUAGACCUCGUAGGUUACAGUAAUGACUUUGGAUUCUUGUCUUAGUAAGAGAAGACACUGAAGAGUUUUGAUCUGGAGAAUAGUAUGAUCUGUAUUAUAUUUUUAAAAUAUUUCUCUGGAGUCUAUAUGGAGAAUAUACUUUAGGAGGCUAGAAUAAGAGACCAGUAAGGAUGCUAUUAUAAUGGUCUAGACAAGUGUGACAGUGGAUUGGACUAACCAGGGGCAUUGGAGGAGUUCAAAAAUGGGUGAAUUCUGAAAACACACACACACACACGUACACAUGUGUAUAUAACAUUGCAACAUAUAUAAAUAUAUAUUUAAAUAUUUUAUUUAUACAUAUUAAUUAUAUAUUAUACAAAAUAUAUAAUAUAGAAAUAUAUUCAUAUAGGUAUAAUGUAUAAAAUAAAUACAUAAAAUAAGUUGUAAAUAAGAUAUGUUAAAAUACAAAAUACAUAUAAAUAAGUAAACUAUGUAAAAAUCAUAUAAUACACAAAUAUGUUUAUAUACAUAGAUGAAUAUAUUAAAUAAAUUAUUUUAUAUAAUAUAUACAUAUAUAUUUAUAUAUUAUAUGUCUAAAACUCUAACACAUUCCUGGCUAUCUAGAAGGCCACACACAUGUCUAGGGAAGUACACAUAGCCAGGACUGUGCACACACUCAGAAAAGACUUAAGAAAUCCCUGAACUCUCACCUCUGGGUAACCUUGAGGCUAUGUGCAAGCAGGAAGUGAGAGGUAAGGUGGAGUUGUAAACUGGCUGGCUGUGUGUUGAAGCUAUGCACCAACACAUGCACAGAACCCCUUGGCAAAGACGAGGAGACUUAUCAGUUCCAGAUAUUUAAGGAAAUCUCUUUCUAGUCAUUAGCUGGCCACUAAACUAACAGCAGACUUCAGUGGCCUCAUGGAAAAAAACACAGAAUUGAUUUUUUUUUAAAGCACUAAAUAAACAACAAAAAUCAAUACUAACAACCACAAGUAGCAAUAAUAACAAACUUUGGGGAAAUAGGGAUGUCUGAUUUUCAGAGUUACCACCUUAUAUAUUUAAAAUGUCAAUCUUUUUAAAAAAAAUUAUUUGACAUGCAAAGAAACAACGAAGUGUGGCCCAUACUCAGGAAAAAUAGAAACUAUCUCUAAGGAAGGCCAGAUACUGGAAUUACUAAACAAAGACUUUAAACCAGCUGUUUAAAUAUGUUCAGUGAACUAAUGUAAGCCAGUGUAAAGAAGAAAAGAAAAUGAUUUCUCACUAAACAGCAAAUAUCAAUAAAGAAGUAGAAAUUAUUUUUAAAAGAACCAAAUAGAAAUUCUGAGACUGAAAAAUAUAACUGAAAUAAAAAAUAGUGGAAAAGUGAAUGGAUUCUGAAAAUACAUUGUAUGUGUCUCUUUGUAGACGUAUAUAGCCAAUUCUCAUUAUUCAUGGGAUUUAGGUUCUAUAAAGUCACUCCAAACACAAAAUUAGCUAAUAUUGAGUCAUUGCUCCCAGAGGAAAUACAGGGUUUUGUUCCUGUGAGCCUCUGGUCACAAUAUUUUUGUUAACCAAUAAAUAUAUACCUUUGUUUUGUAAGUGUCUCUAUUUAAAGACACCUUGUUUAAUAUAUAUGUGUUGACUUAUUAAGGUUGAACUCUCAUCCAAAGGCAUUAUAACUCACACCUGAAUGAAGAUUAUCUAAUAUACUUAUUUUCUCCAUAAGGUACAUCGCAGUCUAAGAACACUAGAUAGCACUUCAACACUAGAUUUGGGGGCUAUUUUAAACAGCAAAAUCACCAACAAAAAAGCAAAAAACUUAGAAAAACAUGGCACUAAAUAGAUGGCAAAAGGACACUUGUUUACAGAAUGAACUGAAACAAUGAGGCAGAGUAUUACCUUGUUCAACCUCAGCUUGGGACAUCUGCAUCAGGCAACUCAAAAUUUUCACUCUUCUGUACAUCUAUGAAUGUGUCAUGAUCAUAAAAGUGCCAUGACUAUUGAUUUGGAGGUUACAAAUAAAUUUUAACAAGUGAACAGAGUUUGCAAAUAUGGAAUCUUUGAAUAAUGAAGAUUGGCUGUAUAUAUACAUAUUUUCAAUCUUUCUAGAAUUAGUGGGAUUUUUAAUUAAAUAAUACAAAAGUUUGCAUUGGCAACAUUUUAUUACUGUUGUUUGCUAGAUAGUCUGCAAUGUGGAUUUGUAUUUACUUUUUGACUCAAGAGUUGUUUAAGAGAGGGUGGGAGAAAAUUCUCUAUUUCUACUUUCUGGGUAUGGAGUUGAAUAUGUAUCAAUCAUAUCAACCUUGUUAAAAUGUAUUAUUUGGGUCUUUCAUAGUCUCCUCAUUUUGUCCACUUGAUCUCUUGUGGACUGAAGGAGAUAAAAAUAAAAUUGUCUUCUAGUAGUGUGUUUCUGUCUGUUUCACAUUCUAUCUCUUGUAAUUUCUACUUGCUUAAAACUUUUUGACCUGAAUUAUACUUUUUUUCUAAUAUUCAGAUCAUGAAUCCCUGGUUUCUUUUUGUUGAUGUAUGCUGCACAUACCUUUGCCUAUACAUUUAUUUUCAGCAUUUAAAUAUAUAUAUUUUUACUUGAGUCUUUUGUAUAUGAUUGAAACUUGGGGUUUAUUUUGUAAUUCAAUCUCAAAAUAUUUUAUUUAAAUGUGUUAAGCUUAUUUACUUUUAUUGAUAGGACUGAAAUGUUUGAUCUUGUUUUUGUUAUGUUAAUUUAUAUUAUAUGUCCUAGGGUCUUGGAUAAUAAAAAUGUCAACAUUCUACAUUCUGUCUUCAAAGCAUUUAUGUGCAUGUGUGUACUUGUGAUACUUCGGAAGGCUUGCGUCUCUGUUGUAGUGGUUAUAGCUGGGCACAUGGCUGGUUACCUGAGACCAGCCCUCUCAAACUUCCAUGCAGGCCCUGUCACAUGACUUAAGCGCUGGCCAAUGGCAUCUGAGCAGAAGAAACAUGAGCCACUUCUGAGUCUUUCCCUUGAAAGAAAUGAAUGAUUGUGCCUCUGCUCAUUUCCCGUAUUUCCACUGGUUAGGAAUAUAUACUUCUGUUAUUUACAAAGAUUUGUACUUUUGUCAUAGUGAUUACUCUUAGAACUACCUUUAUAUGAUACCUUUGGUCCUCUCUUUAGACAGACCUAUUAAUUUUCCACCCAGGAAAUUUAUGAAAUUAACAUAUGUCUUAUUUCUCUGUCCAAUCUCUUUUCUCUCCCACCUAGUUUAGGCCAUGAUGUUCCCUUUAUGUUUGCCUCUUGGCUAUUAAUUGUGCUUUAGAUAUAUCCUUGAUUUUUCCAAGUAAUACCCUUUGACUCCUAGCUGUAAAACAAACCAUGACCUUGCUCUACCACCCAUAUUUCUCCCUUCCCCCCAAUUUUUUUGUUAUUAUAUCAUUUCUAUAUUGUCAGGGUAUAUAUGCUUAUCAUUCUGAACUGUCACCUCAUUUACACUUUUAUUUUAAUCCUUUUGCUAAAAUUUUUCAAGUCCUGUCUUGUUUGCUGAAGUGGAUCCUCUGGUAGUUUUCUCAAUAAGGACUCAAAGGAACAAUAUUUCCAGAAUUUUUCUAUUCAAAAAUAUUUGGUUUUAUUAUUUAUACAUAAAAAAUAAUUUGCUUACUCUAUUUCUAGAACUAUCUUGUAGGUUUUUUCCCACUUUCUUGUGGCAUUAAAUGUUGCUGUGGAAAAUUCUAUAGCCAAUGAGACCCUCUCCCUUGAAAAUGACUUGAUUUUUUUGCCCAGGCUAUCCAUUCAAUUAUUUCUUUAUCUUUAAAGCUCACUAAGCUUGCUGGAAUAUAUUUCAGGGUUGACUGUUUGAAGUCAAUUUCUCUGCCAC